AGCGCACAAGAGGCCGGUGACGCGUCUGAGCGACGUGUCAGGAAGUUUUCCAGUCAACAUGGCGGCGCAUCAGGGAGAUGUUGAUGAGCUCUUUGACGUGAAAAAUGCCUACUACAUUGGUAGCUAUCAGCAAUGUAUCAACGAGGCCCAGAAGGUGAAGCCCUCGACACCAGAGAAAGAGAUCGAGAGGGACAUGUUUUUGUACAGAGCAUACAUCGCCCAGAGGAAGUUUGCUGUGGUCCUGGACGACAUCAAGCCAAGCUCUUCAGCUGAGCUGCAGGCUGUCCGGAUGUUCGCCGAGUAUCGCUCCAGUGAAAACAAAAGGGAUGCUAUUGUUGCCGAUUUAGAUAAAAAGAUGGCUAAGAGUGUGGAUGCAGCCAACACCACGUUCCUCCUCAUGGCUGCCUCUAUCUACUACCAUGAGAUGAACACUGAUGCUGCUCUCAGGACUCUGCACCAAGGAGACAGCCUGGAGUGCAUGGCCAUGACCAUUCAGGUGUUGCUGAGUCUGGAUCGUGUUGACCUGGCAAGGAAAGAGCUGAAGAAGAUGCAGGAGCAGGACGAGGAUGCUACUCUAACCCAGCUGGCCACAGCCUGGGUCAAUAUUGCUGUGGGUGGAGAGAAGCUGCAGGAUGCCUACUACAUCUUCCAGGAGAUGUCUGACAAAUACUCGUCCACGCUGCUGCUUCUCAAUGGACAGGCGGCCUGUUACAUGGCUCAGAACAAGUGGGAGGAGGCUGAGGGAGUGCUGCAGGAGGCGCUCGACAAGGACAGCAGCCACCCUGAGACAUUGAUCAACCUCAUAGUGCUGACUCAGCACCUGGGCAAAGCUCCUGAGGUAACCAAUCGCUACCUCUCUCAGCUGAAAGACGCACACAGAGCCCAUCCAUUCCUGAGAGACUAUUUAGCCAAGGAGAAUGAGUUUGACAGACUAACGAUGCAGUACGCUCCCACCGCCACAGCAUAAGACGCCCAUCUGCAUCGGCCGGGACACCUAGACCCUGGACUUCAGUUUUAACACCAUGAAGAUGAAAAGGAGACUCUUUCUCUCUCAACCACACAUAUAUUUGUUUUUGUUUUGAUAUUCUAACUUGUAAGAAAUAGCUUAGACGAUAAAUGAAACCAUACCUAUAACGCCCUCCCCACCCCCUCUAUUCAAACUCAUCAUCCUCCUGUAGGCAGAUGAAAAAAAUCUGUCUCAUGUCCCUUUCAUUGUUAAUAAAUGAGUGCAAUCUCUUGCUCAUGUGAACACCUGUUUCCUCUAAGCAUUCCUCUGAAUUGCCAAUAAACGUUUUAGUGCCCUGUU